AUGUGCGAGAGGCCUGUCCGCGACCGAUCCAACGUCAUAUUCUUGACCGGUAUCACAGCGGGUUCCGUUGCUCUCGCCGCCGUCACCAUUCGCACGUGGUCUGCAAUCAGCCAAGACUCGUUCGGGCUUGACGAUGUUUUUGCAAUUGCAGCUGAAGCAGCUUGUCUCCCUGUGACGGUGAUACAAUGCUACACGCCAAAGCUUGGUUUCGGGAAAGACACUUGGGUAGUUCCCCAUAGCGAUAUCUACAAGGUUUUGAGGGUAAGCAGACGAUACUCAACGCGUGGACGGCUACUGAAUGCUCAACAGCUGACCUACGGCUCCCAAAUAUCCUACUUCCUCUGCUGUGGACUCACCAAGCUCGCAUUCCUAUUCUUCUUCCUUCGCAUCUUUCCCUCGGAAACGACCCGAAAAUGGAUCUGGGUGUUUAUCGUCAUUUCAGUGCUCUGGACCAUCGCAUUCGCAUUCACGAUGACAUUUGCGUGUAGGCCCAUCUCUGCAGUAUGGACUUCAUGGGACGGGACGAGCACGCCGGACUACUGUAUAAACCAGAAUUUGUUCUACCUGGUAGCAGCGGCAUUCAAUAUCGGUCUGGACGUUGCGAUAGUCCUGAUACCGAUCCCGAACCUGAUGACGCUGAAGCUCAGUUCGCGUAAAAAGGUCUUCCUCAGCGCGAUCUUUGGCGUCGGUGGCAUCGCCGUCGCCAAAUACGCCACAUCAACGAACCCCAUGUACGAUAACCUCAUGUCCGGCGUAUACUCCAUCCUCGAGAUCAAUGUUGGCAUAAUAUGCGUGUCUAUGCCAGCCUUCCGAAGACUCCUCGCUCAGCUGGUACCCAAGUGCUUUGGCACAACGCAAAACAACACCGAUCCCAACGAAGACGACGACACGCCCAAUCGGCCAUCAAAAAGGAGAGGCAAGCCAAGCAGAAGCAUGCUGGAUGCAAGCUUGUUCAACACAACGAUGGCGAGGACGGUAGACGAGACGCUAGAGGGUAUUGGAAAGGCGGACGACGAAGUGCACCUCGUAGAACUGCGAAGAAGUGGAUCAAAAACUUCGACGCAAAAUAUGGAUGGAAGUAUGCGAGGGCACGACGAGGAGAAGAUGCCUCCUAGCUACCACGCUUCAUGA